GGUUAUAUUGGAUGCUUUGUGGACGUAACGACUGAUCGAUUUUUCCCGGUGACAAUGUAGUUGGCGCUCCAGAUAUGACCAUUUCAAAUUGCAUCCAGUUUUGUAACGAGUCAAAUAGAGCUGACUAUACAUACGCUGGCGUUGAAAAUAGAACUGAAUGCUACUGUGGUGAGGCGAGUGAUGACUAUAGUAGACAUGGAGUGGGAUCAGAUGCUAACUGUCCAGACCCAUGUUCAGGAGACCCUACCGAGAGCUGUGGUGGGACAGGACACAUAGCUGUCUUUGGAAUAACAACUUUGCCAACCACUUUGCAAUCUCCUGAAACAACAAUAUACCACCAAGACACUGAUUGUUCUAAAGAGGUGACCAGCACUAUCACUGUAGGUGUACUGCUUGCUUGUGUUGCCUUGUUUGGUAUUAUCAUAGCAUUGAUGUACCUGAAUCUCAGACGCUCUUACAUCGCUCUAAAGCAGUCAGUCAGUGAAAGGGAGGGCCAGAAACUCGAUCCCUACACCUCCUUAGAUGCAACAAUUAUGAAUCAACCAACCUACGAGGAUAUCAAAGGAACGAGACACGGAGAUAGAGGCCAGGCAACAACUAUGAAUCAACCAGAUUACGAUGACAUCAAAGCAACUAGACACGGAGAUAGAGGCCAGGAAACAACUAUGAAGCAACCAGAUUACGAUGACACCAUAGCAACUACACACGGAGAUAGAGACCAUGCAACAACUAUCAAUCAACCAGAUUACGAUGACACCAUAGCAACUAGAAACGGAGAUAGAGGCUACACGAAUGAAAUCGAGGGGGUAGAAUAUGAAAAUCAAACAAUAGUGAAGAAAACAGCUCGAGUCCAGGAAUCAAACUUGGGAAUAGCCGAUGAGAACACUGAGCCGGAGUACGAGUUGCCGAUUGAAAAGUGAUUCCAUGAAGUGAGACCCAGAACGAGCUUUAAAUACAGUCAAACCUGUCUAUUAAGGUCACUCAACGGAAAACAAAAAUGGUUGCCUUUCUAUAGACAGCUUCUACAAUACACUUAGCUUUCUCAAGGGAGACAGAAUCCAAAGCCAUUACAAACAGGGGGCCUUCUUGGAGAGGUGGCCAAGAAGACAAGUUUGACUGUAUAGCAUAAGCUCUACAGUGUGAGUCA